CUUGCGAAGCCGUUUGGUCAAUAAGAAGUUCGUCGCGAAACUCGAGAAAGCAGAAUGUGGAUGUUGACGUGAGUAGUGUAUCGUGUGUCAGUGCGGUACUCGGCCCGUGUGUAACAAUUUUACGACCACGAAGGAACGCUCGUUAAACAAUGAAACUGUAUUACAAAUAAGAAAAGGAACGUGUUAUCUUGGAUCACCGAGUAAGCGAAUAGAAACGGGAGGGUGUUAUUUCUAUAGUCAAGAAAAAAGUCGACCGUUGUCCGGAUUCUAUUGCAAUGUACCGGCGCCCCACCCCCGCCGACUGUUUGUCCUUUAAAUCUAACCCCUUGCAACGUAUUCGAGGGUAGCACGCGUACUAUGCACGAGCAUUACCGUCGCUGUCAUUGCUUGUCAGUAAUAUUCUGCCAAUAUUAAGCAGUUUAAAAUAUUCAUUACCGCAUACAUUAUUUUUGUUGUAUCUAUGAUUUGAUUCAAAAGUUGAUAUCAACAAACUCAACAUGUAUGCGUUAAAAAUGCAAGCUGCCUGCCAAAGCGAGGGCAGUGGGGAACCUGAUGAUCCAAGUACUCAUCAACAGGAGCCAGUUAGACCUCCACCACAAGAUUGUAGCACAUUUGACAUUGUUAGAGCAACACAGUUUGGAGCACUCGAUCGUGUGACUGAACUGGUAGAAGAUGGUGCUGAUGUUAAUCAACCAGAUUCAGAAACUGUAACAUUACUACACUGGGCUGCAAUAAAUAAUCGAAAGGAUAUUGUAAAAUACCUUAUUGCAAAAGGAGCUGUUGUUGAUGCAAUUGGCGGAGAGCUUGCUUCCACGCCAUUACAUUGGGCCACGAGACAGGGACAUUUGGCCACAGUUGUGUUAUUGAUGAGAGCAGGAGCGGAUCCAACUCUCAGAGAUUCCGAAGGAUUCUCCUGUAUCCAUUUAGCAGCACAAUUUGGUCAUACGUCUAUUGUUGCUUAUCUAGUCGCGAAGGGAGUAAAUCCAAAUAUGCCGGACAGAACCGCGAUGACGCCACUCAUGUGGAGUGCCUACAAAGUGAAUAGUUUUUUGUUCUACAGUUUAGAUCCGACGCGCUUGUUGCUAACUUUGGGAGCGUCCCAUUCGCUCGCGGAUAAUUUACAUGGCAACACAGCUUUGCAUUGGGCUAUUAUAGCUGAAAACAGUACAGCAAUAUCAACUUUAGUUCACCAUGGUGCAUCGUUAGAUGUACCGAAUAUGCGAGACGAAACGGCAAUGACGUUGUUGGGUCGUCACAUUGGAGCUGCCUGGUUGGGACACAAAAUCAAUCAGGAAAUUAAGGAAAAACAGGGAAGAACAAGAACCUGGUGUAGAGAUAAGGUACAUAUUACAUUGUUUGCAUGCAGUCUUAUUUUAUACUGUAUAUAUUACUUUUUUCAGAGAAUGCGCUGGUACUGUAUGAUCAGUACACCAUUCAUAGUAUUUUAUGUAAUCGGAUUGAUUCUUCAAUGCGGAUUGGAUUAUCUAGAUAAAUUAGGUGCCUUUGUUAUUCUUUAUAUGGCAUUAUAUUUAGCAAAUCAUUUUGUUUUCGACGAACGAUUAUGUCAUAUUUUACCGAUGUCAAUUUACUUGGCUACGAAGAUGUGGAUAUACUUUACAUGGAUAUUCUGGUUAGGCAUACACGCCGCAUGGUAUUUGUGGUUAUUACUAGUGGGUGGUUCUGUACCAUUGUGGAUAUGUUUUUUACAAUCCUGGAGAGGCGAUCCGGGUGUAAUUACAGCUACGCACGAGGACAAAUUGAAUACGAUCAUAGAGUUAGCCGAAUCCGGCGGUUUCGAACCGCAAUCAUUUUGUAGUAGUUGUUUAGUCAGAAGACCCUUGAGGUCUAAACACUGUUCUACGUGCGACCAAUGCGUAGCCCGAUUCGAUCAUCAUUGUCCUUGGGUCAAUAAUUGCAUCGGUGCGCAUAACCACAAAUACUUUCUGGGAUUUUUAGCGUCGUUAUUAGGCCUCUGUAUUGUUGUUCUAUCGGCCAGUGUACAAUACUGGCAGUUCGAAUGCUGGACAAAUCUAACAAAUGGCCACACUGCUGACAAUUACCUGGUUGCUGCAGCCACUUGCGAUGCCUGGGUAAUGUGGAUUACAGCAAACACGUCUCUGCAUUUCUUCUGGGUCGGCACGCUGCUAGCAUGUCAAUGCUAUCAGAUUAUGGUUCUCGGAAUGACUACAAACGAGCGUAUGAACGUCAGACGCUACACACACUUCAAGCAAGGGAAUCCCUUCCAUCGUGGGGCCCUUCAGAACGCAGCUGACUUUUGCAAUUUAAGUUUCUGCGGAGUGAAAGCGAAACCCAGCUCUGACUGGUUACACAGUUUCGAUCAUAAGCAAAGCAUCGAAAAGUUGCCUCUUCUCACCACAAAGGACAACUUCCAAUAUAUAUAGGAUUUUUUUUAACGGUAAUCAGCCGUCAGAAGCUAACAGUGUGUCAUAUCAUUUAUGCCUGAAGCACUUCUGGGCUACCAAAGAGUUACUACGAAAAUUGGAAGUGACUUUUCCGGAAGGGUAGUGAUUUUGCAUAUACAGAUUUAAAUUGCAUAUUGUAAGUAAUUUCCUACAGUCAGUGAUUGCGAAUUUUAAACUUCAUCUAUUGUAAAAGACUGUUCUACGACGUAAGUAUGCAUAUCCUCCCACCAUUUUGUGUAUUAUAUUUUUCAAACAUCGAACAGUAGAACAAGUUGCACAAGUACUUCAAUUCCAUUCUUAAGAAACAUUAUAAAAUAUCCCUCUUCUUUUUAUUUGUACAUUCGAUGCCACGGUUUACUCGAUACAAACAUUAAUACAAUUGAUUAUCUAUAAUUCCCAUUACACUACAUUGUAAAUACAGUGAAUAACUUUAAUAUUCGGACACUAAACAAUUUUUACUUUGUCGCAUUGUAAUUUUGUUCACGAUAAAGAAAAAAAACAAUUAAUUUUAAAUUACAUUACUGUAUAGGGUCUAGUUGCUAAAAGCAUAAUUUUUAUUUAUGUAAUUGUUAACGUUUUCUAAGUAUUCUAUUUGAAACAAAACAAUGUCCAGUUUUAACGUGACAAUAUUCGGACAGUCAUAUUAAUAUUAUACAAUCAGUUGCGUUUAGAUAUUCACUAAGUUCACUGGUAAUAAUGGGAUGUAAGAGAAACACUUCAUACAACAUACUUGUCAUUUUUCACAAUGCAAAAGGUGAAUGGUAUAGGAAAAUUGCAGCAAUGCUUAAAAUAAGUAAAAGUACAGUGGGAGAUGUUAAAGACAAAUUAUAAGAAAAAUAAAGAAAGAUCCUACAUAAACUGCACCAAAAUUAGCUGGUGAAUUAUUAGAAGAGACUUUUUAAAAGAAGAGUUUUAUUAACUAGACCUUAUGCGGUAAUAUAAUUUUGGAUUCAAUAUUUUUUUCCUUCGUCGUGAAUAAAAUUACAAUGCGAUAAUGUAAAAAUUUUGCAGUGUCGAAAUAUUAAAGUUACUGUAUCUAAAUUUCUAUGUAAUUGUAACGUUAUCAUUAAAUAUGAAUACGUUAAUGUUUGAUUCCAAUUCUUUUUCGUUUGUUUUUAGUUAAUUUAACACUUUACGUCCUAAUAAGCAACAGGUUCGAUUUAUAAAUAAUUUAUACGCGAAAAGUACAAUUCUAAUCGUAUCGAGACAGAAUGAUACCUUUAUAAGAAAGAGCCAUGACAGUCAGUUCUGUGAGAUCAUUGUAUAAUGUAUUUUUAUCGAUAUUAUUUAUUACAAUUGUUUGUACUUUGUAGCUUUUAAGCGUGUAGUAGAAAUAUAUAACAGAAACAUAUGAACAGCAAUUGAGACACAGUUUUUGGUAAAACGCGUUAUAAAAUUUCCGUGUUAAACGUAAAAGGCUCAGUGCAAAGAAAACGUCGACAAAAUUGCUGUCGAAAAGUACGACCAUAUUUAUGUUUAAGCACACGUGAUCGUUAAUUAAAUGAUAAAAAUCAAACGCUGCGCAAUACGGUUAUGAUAAAAAGUUAUAUUGCAUAAUACUGUUGGCUAUGUAAUACGUUUUUUCGUACUUACGAGUAAGUUUACCUGACUUAAGUGCCAUGCUUGUACUCUUCGAAGACAUCCACGUACACGUACACGUACACGUACAACUUAAUGCUCUAACCUCAUAAGAGAUUUGAUUAACGUUAAUUAUAUCUAAUCUAUUAUUGUAUUACGUAAACGAAAACGUUUUAAUGAUAGCAAUACAAAAUUACAUAUUUACAGCAUAGUAUGUAUAAAUUGUUUACAAUGUCUGUUUCAAUGGAUGUCGCACUUUAAUAAUAUUGUAAAAUUUUCAAGGAACUAUCUUAUCAAUUGCAUGUAGCGAUAAAGGAAAAAAAAAAUAAUAUAGUUAGAGGGAGAAAGAGAAGAAAAUUUUUAGAAUUUUUUGUACGAUAAUUACACAAGUGACGACAGGUGUACAAUAGCAAGUAAUUAAAGCGAGUUAAAUAUUGUUUUACAUUCCAAAAGUGUACUUCGAUCUAUGUAUCUUCUGUCGUCGUUAAUAUUAGCACGUUAUUAAGCAUGCAUGCUCCUUUCUGAUUUAAGUUCUUCAGGUCAAUUUCACUUUCAAGCGUUAUUAAAUAUAUCAUACAUAUUAAACAACCGUGAAACGUUGCGUUGUACGCACAAUUAUCGCGGGAAAAAUGAAAUUUAACGAUUAAUCGCAGUCCUUAACAAUCUAGUUUUAAUCGAAAUUGAAAAGUUUAAUCGGAACUAAGAGUCCACGUUAAGAAACACACUUCGAUUUGGCUGUUAAUUAUUAGUACUGAAGACUUGCAUGAAAGGAGCACGUAUAUUUUUAACAUCGUAUUUCAAAUAGGUGCCUAAAUGUGUGGUUAGCAUCUUAUACGAAUUUAUAAGAAACAAUUAUGCGAAUCGAUCAAAAUUACUAGUGUAUCUUAAGUUUUAAGGUCUUAUUACGUGUAAGUUCCACGAUACAAAACUCAAUUAAGUCUUCAAUAGUAAUUACUUGUUCACCUAAUCUGGGUUGAGAAUCAUCUUCGUAACAGCAAUCGAGGAUGACAAUUAUAUUUUACAAUGUUCUUAAUUGUAUUAUAUACUUUCUCAGGCCACAUUUAACUUGUGCGACGGAUUAUAUUUUCUGUACAGUUCAUUUAGUUUCAUUGUUUAACGGUGUAAAUAAUUUACUUUCGUUUCAAUGGUUAUCGGUAGCUUUACUUUUCGAUACGUUUAACGUACGCGUGUACAGAAGAAAAUUAACAUUCGACCGCAUAUUUGUCCAACCAGCAUUAACGAGAAAGUUUUCAAUUUCGACUGCUUAUACAGAAAGCGGCGUUUGUACAGAACGUUAAAACGUACACAUAGGUUUAAUAAUAGGUUCGGUCGCGCGAACCAACGAUAUUACAAAACAAAUACUCCACGACAGAAUUACCUACAAAAGACACGUGUAAAAAAUAUUAUAAAUACAAAUGUAAGUUAAGCAUCUUUAUACUAGACUACCUUGACUACAAGUCGAACGAAUGCGUUUGUUAAAUAUUUUACUUCUUUCGAAUGAGUGAUACACGGUUUGGUAUUUAUAUAUUUCCGUUCUAGUCCGAUCAAUAAUUAAGGUGAUUUGAUAUUUAGAUUUUGUUAAUUCGUACAAGGGGAUGUGCACCCUACUAUUUAUAAUAAGUAGAUUUCUUAUUUUGUAAACAAGACCAGAGAAAAAUUACGUAACAAUUGACACUAAUCAACGAAUAAAAGAAAAAAAACAUUCAAGCAACAUUUACAACAUUUACAACAUUUUGAGAAACAUAUACGCAACACAAAUGGAUAAAUACAAAACACAACAAAACUUUUGUAUAAUUGAUAUUUUUAAACAUUUCGUUUGUAAGCCGCAAAUGAUUUUCUUUAACGAGUAUAAGAAAAUUAAGAAUUGACUACCGAUUAAGAUCGCAAAGAUUUAAAAAAAAAAAAAAAAAAAACAGGUUUUAGUGACAGGCGAGCACUUGAAUAUUUAGAACAUAGUUGAAGUUUUCUGACGAGAAAGUAAACGUAGUUAUAAAACCUUUUUGCGACUUGUUACAAAUUUAAGAAUUAUAAAGCUCCUCAGAAGCGUAGAUGAAUUUAUAGCUAUAUUGUAUCGAAUCAUAUUAGGCUAAUUAUACCAUUCUACUUCCAAUUGAAUCAAUGUAAAUAGCAAUCUCUUUUACUUCGAAUGGCGUUUCCAAGGAUCAACGAAAGUGCUGAAGAACGAAACGUCAGGAACAUAUGAAAUUUUGGUAAAUAAUUGGAAAAUUAAAUCAAAAUUACUAUGUGUUAUAUAAUAAACAGAAAAAUAUAAAUUGUUUAUUUGUCAUUCAUUUCUGUUCCAUCAAACUUCGAUCAUAGUUUCUACAUUUAUUUGUUGGGUACUAUCAGGACAAAACUCCCGAAUGAUUUAAGUAAACUUUACCUUUGUUAAAUUACUAGAUAUCAGAUACCACUGUUAGGUGAAAGAAAUGCAGGUCUGACAUCGACAAACAUAUGAAUGCAGAUACACCUGUUUACUGUCAGCUUGACAGUUUAGUUUUGAGUUCAUUAGUGUUACUUUAAAUGGAUUUAUUGCAAAAUUAAAUCAAAAUUACUGUGUGUUAUACAA